UUUCGAGAAGAGAUCACCACCCCGUUCUAAACCCUAGAGCUCCAUCAAUGGCGAACCACGGGGUCCUCCUCGCUCUCCUGCUCCUCCUUCCACUGCAUUGCUUCUCCUUCUCCGAAGAGAACCCCACGGAUCGCCGGAUCUUGGUCCUCGUCGACGAUCUCGCUAUCAGAUCCUCUCAUUCCAUCUUCUUUAAGUCCCUUGAGACUCGCGGUUUCGAUCUUGAUUUUAAGCUCUCCGAUGAUCCCAAACUCACACUCCAGCGCUAUGGACACUAUCUCUACGAUGGGCUUGUUCUCUUCUCCCCCUCGACCCAGCGGUUUGGUGGAUCGGUGGACAUGGCGGCGAUUCUUGACUUCGUUGACGCUGGGCAUGAUCUGAUUUUAGCUGCUGAUUCUUCGGCUUCCGAUUUGGUCAGAGGGAUUGCUACGGAGUGUGGUGUUGAUUUUGAUGAGGAUCCGGAAGCGGUGGUCAUUGAUCAUACUAGCUAUGCGGUUUCUGAGACUGAGGGAGAUCAUACUUUGAUAGCUAGUGAUAGUUUCAUCAACUCAAAUGUGAUUUUGGGGGACAAGAAAAUUGAGGCACCUGUAUUGUUCCAGGGAAUAGGUCACUCACUGAAUUCUGCUAAUAGUCUGGUCUUGAAGGUUCUUUCAGCCUCUCCAUCAGCAUAUUCAGCCAAUCCAAAGGCUAAGUUGUCCAGCCCACCGUCUCUCACAGGAUCUGCAAUAUCUCUGGUUUCUGUUGUGCAGGCAAGAAAUAAUGCUCGGAUACUUAUCUCUGGAUCCUUAGCUCUAUUCAGUAAUCGCUUUUUGAGAUCUGGUGUGCUGAAAGUUGGAAGCUCUGUGAAAUAUGAGAAAUCUGGCAAUGAGCAAUUUGUGACUGAAAUCAGCAAAUGGGUCUUCCAUGAAAGGGGCCAUCUUAAGGCUGUAAAUGUCAAGCAUAACAAAGCUGGGGAAAAAAGUGAGCCUGCAAUCUACCGAAUUAAUGAUGAUCUGGAAUACUCCUUGGAGAUCUAUGAGUGGUCUGGAACCAGCUGGAAACCCUAUAUAGCUGAUGAUGUUCAGGUUCAGUUCUACAUGAUGAGUCCUUAUGUACUGAAAACAUUGUCCAAUGAUCAAAAGGGCCUUUAUUCGACAUCAUUCAAGGUUCCUGAUGUAUAUGGUGUCUUCCAAUUUAAGGUGGAGUAUCAAAGGCUUGGGUAUACAAGCCUGUCUUUGGCCAAGCAGAUUCCUGUUAGACCUUUUAGACACAAUGAGUAUGAGAGAUUUAUCCCGGCAGCCUUCCCAUAUUACGGGGCAUCGUUUUCUACUAUGGCUGGUUUCUUCAUCUUUACAAUUGUCUACCUUUACAAUAAGUAGUAGCUGCAGCUUGCUGCUGGAGGCUUGGUCAAGACUGUUUUUUCAGGGCGCAUGAGUAUUCCAUUAGGCAAAUUAGAACUUGGAACCAGUAAAGCAAUUAGAGAACGCCAGAUGAAGUUUUGCCAUCUAGUUACCAUUUGAUAUUGCUACUCAUUGUUUUUUUUUUGUUCUCUCGGAAUUCUAUGAAAUACAUAAAUAGAUGUCUUAAUUUAAUUUCAGAAGCUAGUUAUGUUGGGCCAA